CAGCGCCCGCCCCAGCCCGAGGCCGCGCGCCCAGCAUGGAGCCCGACGGCAGCCCGCGCAAGAUCCAGUUCACGGUCCCGCUGCUGGAGCCGCACCUGGACCCCGAGGCGGCCGAGCAGAUUCGGAGGCGUCGCCCCACCCCAGCCACCCUCGUGCUGACCAGUGACCAGUCGUCCCCAGAGAUAGAUGAAGACAGGCUCCCCAACCCGCUUCUCAAGUCCACUUUGGCCAUGUCUCCACGGCAGCGGAAGAAGGUGACGAGGACCACACCCACGAUGAAAGAGCUCCAGAUGAUGGUUGAACAUCACCUGGGGCAGCAGCAGCAGGGAGAGGAACCUGAGGGAGCCGCUGAGAGCGCAGGGGCCCAGGAGUCCUGCCCACCUGGGAUCCUGGGAGCCGAGUCAAGGCUGGGCACACCUGGGAGAGCACAAAAGCCCGCAGAACCCAUUCCUAAAACUCAGGAGAGGGGCGGUGAGGGGCCCAGCACAGAGGAACCCUCAACUCACAUACCACCGCUGGAGUCCCAGGGAGCUAACUCGGUCUGAGAGUGAAGGCGCUGUCCGGAGCCACGGCUGCGGUCGGGGAUGCACGGACACUGGAUUCCUUUCUUACUUCUUCACUUUUGGGGAAAAAUAUCAUUUUUAAAAAGUGAUAAAUUUGGUGUUAGAUC